UCACUGACGACGAGCAGGUCUCCCGUCUUCUUUUCCUUGUUUCAUUCUCACGCGUUCCGCGAACCACCGGCCUUCUUCGUUUCUGUUCCAAUUUCCAGCUCGUACAAAACCAGCGGCGGAAGGAAAAGAGAAAAUUAAAGAGAGAGAAGCUGCAGGCAGUUUGGUUUUUUCCAUCUCUUCGCCGCUUCUCUCGAUUCUCUCGAAGAUCUUGGCCUCCUCUUCCCAUGGCGUACGUCGACCACGCCUUCUCCAUCUCGGACGAGGACAUCAUGAUGGAAUCCCCCAAUGUCGUCCAGAACCGGCCGCCCAUCAAGGAGAUAGGCCUUGCAGUCUCCCUCCUCGUCUUCGGUUCCCUCGGCAUCGUCAUCGGCGCCGUCAUGGCCUGCAACCGAGUCGGCGGUGACCGGGCCCACGGAGUUUCCUUUGCGAUUUUGGGGUCGAUACUUUUCAUUCCGGGAUUCUAUUACACGAGGAUCGCGUAUUAUGCUUACAAGGGAUACAAAGGCUUCUCUUUUGCAAACAUUCCGGACGUCUGAGGGAUGGUUUUAUGCGUCCGGUCUCCGUCUCUGGCUAUUGAUGGUGUCCUCGGGGUUUUGCAUGUUUUUGGUGGUGGCACUGUGAGCAUAGCUUUUAGCUUGCAACUUCUUGUUCUAACAACAGGUAGCAAUUGGUAAAGUAUGUUCUAUUUUUUCCUCCCUUUAAUAUAACUCUGGGAGCUUAAUUGGAGGUCUUAGGGCAUAAGAGCGAGAGACUUGAGGCAAUAGGACAAAUUCCUUUGGGUUGGGUUCUCUUAAGGAAUAUGAGCAAGGAGGAGUUGUUUGAAGCUUGUCUCCUGGGGUUUUGUUGGAGGGAGCAUUCAUAAAAAUAAAAAAAAUAAUAAUAAUAAUAAAAACCUGUCUCUCUACCCCUUCCCGUCCUUGUAAUCUUUCUCUGAGUCUUGUCAUAUUUGAUUGGAGGUUUUUUAAAGGCUCAUGAGACAUAAUUAUUUGUUUUGCUUUUUUAUGGACAUUGCAACUUUUGCUGGAUCAUAAUAGAAUCGCAUGCUUGGAGGUGUGUGUUCCCUCUUUGGUGAAACUUUUCUUAUUUUUUAUAUUCUUUGUUGGUUGUCCAGCUUAGAUGUUUCGGUGACCAGGGGUUGCUCACUUUUGGGUAAUAAGGCUCUUGGUAUUCAGGCCUCCAAUUCUCCUGCAGAAAAUCGGACUUGUUUCCUUUUAUCACUUACUGUGAUGUCUACAAGCUCCCUUUUCUUUGUUUUGUUUUGUUUUGUUUUGCAGUGCGUUGGUGUUGUAGCUACAUUUGUUGUGGAAUAUGAAGGUUAUUAAUGUUGUGACUAAGUUGAUCAACUUGGUCAUGGAUUCUUUCUCAUGACCCCUUAUUGAUGUCCAAGAGCAAACAGCUCCAUCAACUUCUAGAAUUGCUUCUCAAGGAGAUACCAUACCAAGAUUUUUCUUGACUUAUAAAAUUCCCGCUCAAGCAUAUGCUUAAUAAAAAAUUCUCAAAAUUAUGUUUGGUAUUGCUUUUCUUUUAUGUUUCUUCAUUUUUAAAAACAGACAGAUUGUAAGAUAUAGCAAAAACAUGUUUCUUGAUUUAAAUUCUGUUUUUGAAAUAUUAAAUUUUUCAGAAACAAAAAGUUCUGGCUCUGAAAAUUUUUCAAGGUAGAUCGGACCCCAUUAGAAUUUAUUCAACAAGCCCUAACUCCCUUUGCAAUGCCCAAUCAGUGCCCUCCUUCCCCUUGCUACCUGAACCUCCCUUCACCUUUGUCGCCACCUCCUCCCUCCACUGCACACUGUGCUAUUGAUUGGCUCCUCCCUCUGCCCUCUGUCCUUUUUCCUCGCAUCACUGUUUACAAGUUAAUCCAGACCUUCAACAUGUCAGAGAUGGCCCCAGUGGUCAUGAUCUGAUCUUGGCUGGGUUGGAGCACUCCUGCACUCUAAUGACAGUGGAGGAGUACAACAACAAUGCUAGAGGAGUGAAGGCGACAAGUAAGAUGGAUUGGACUAUGUAUUUGGAUCCUCAAAAGGAUGGGGAGGAGAAAGAAGAGUAUGCUGGAUGUUUUUUUCCCCCCCCUGCAACAUGCCCUUGUUCGGAAGUUUUGCUCUUGCCAUUGUUUGUAAUUCUUGUUUUAUCCUGCAAUAUCCUUCCUUGUUGCCCCUAUGUGUUAGAUUUUACUUUGUUAUCUUUGUUUCUUAGUUUUUUUGAUUUAUUAUAUUUAGAUCCUUAUUAUUAAUGUGCUAGCUUAUAAGUCUCUAUAUGUAUUUAAUACUUAAUUUGUUUUUAAUUAGGUGAGAUAGAACUAGUGAUGGAAUUCCUGCUAAAAAUGUAAGUGUUCCAUCUAUAAAUGUUAUCCGCAAAUCUGUUGUGAUGCUCAGAGGAAAACAAACACUUGAAGCCAAAAUCUAAAAAGAAGGAUCAAAACCAUCUUUAAUUAUUCUAGCACACAUAGAACAGUUGCGAACUUUCAAAAAAUAGAACCAAUGCCAAAUGUGGUCUAAAUUAUCAUUCACUUUCAUCGACAUGCUUUAGGAUAUAAUUCUGUUCUACUCAAGCAUGAUAAUAUGAUUAAGAGGGUUUCUUUUUUGUGUGUCUGUGUGCGUGCUUGUGCACGUGUCUAUGUGCAUGUGUUUUGGACCUUUGGUGGGUAUCUAUAGGCAAAAAAUGAUCAACAUUUUUUGUGAUUUUAUUUCUCUAAUAUUUCUGUGGAGGAAUCGGCUUACUUUUUUACUGGCUGGAACAAAUAGAGGGUGCAAAAGAUUGGAAUAUUCUCUCUUAUGUUGCUAUUAUGUGCAAGCGAGACAAAGAAGCAAACAAGGACCUGAUCAUUCAGGUGGAUAGAUAGAUAGCAUCACGGAGCUGUUACUUUCUUGCCUCAGAUGGUGGACUAUUCUGAGUUAAAAGACUCUUUUCAAUCAUUGUCUAUUUUUCAGAAGAAUUUGGAGAGGCCAACAUAGAUUAGAGUCUGGUUUGACUGCCAAAAGAAUUAGUUGGCCUGGGUUUCAGAUAUAUAAGGGUGUUUUGGCUCUUCUGGUUAAAUUAUAGCACAAGAAGGCACAAUUUAUGUAGGUGUUUGAAUAUUAGGCAAUUAGGGACUGUGGUUACCAUUCAGCAUCCAUUGUUGUGUAUGUGCAGUCAAUUUCUAUGAUAGUUUGUUUACAUUUUGGCUGUGGAUUGGUUCUAAAAUCCAAAAUAUGGUCGGUACUUGCU